UCUACAAACAAUGAAAUAAGCCCUAAUUUUGAUUCUUGAUUUUUGGGUAACGGCUAUUCCAAAAACCUCGUAGAGGCUUUGUUAUUAUUAACUUCAACGGUUUUUGGCGGGAAAACCGAUAAUUCUUUAAACUAUUCAGCUAAUAAUAUAACUCAAUUCUAAGGCCAGAAACACCUGCUGAAUAUUAACAGCAUUUCAUAGACAAGCUCCUUUGAAAGACGGUUUUUGUGGAAGAAACUAGAAGUUUAAAUCACACUUAUUGAAGCAAUUUUAGCGUAAAAUUGUAUUAUAAUUAGUCAUGGCUUCGAGUUUGGAUAUUUGGAGUGUUUCUUUAGAGAUAUAUUCGUGUAUCGGUUGAGAAAAUCUUUAGUAUAAUCUUCAUUUAAACGUCUCUAGCCGUUUCGUCUCCGCGAUGAAAUAACAAGAAACACCGCCAAGUUCAGACGAUGAAUUGCCUCUCAGUACAUUGGAUUAUUCUCUUUUGCUUCUCUAUCUCGUUUUGGGGGAUCUUUGGUGAAGAUAUCAUCAGUCAGUCUGAAAUAGUGCAGAAGUUGGAGGACGUGCUGUUUGAGAGUUACAACCGUGAUGUACUGCCGAAAGAAACCUUGGAACAGGGUGUUAAAGUUAAACUUGACUUGGCCUUAAAUCAGAUUAUAGAUGUGAAUAAAAGAGCACAGACCAUGAAGGCAGUUGUCUGGAUUCGGCAGUAUUGGAAAGACUCUCGACUGCAGUGGAACGCUGCUGAAUACCAGAAUAUCAGCACUAUUGUAACCGAGGCAUCGCGGAUAUGGUUACCAGAUAUUACUCUUUACAACAACGCUCGAGAUGACUACAAGAUGGAGAAGGAAACUGGUCAUAGUUUGUCUAUAUCAUCAGACGGCGAGAUUUCUCGCUUCUUCCCAACAAUCUACAAGAGCUCGUGCAAGAUGAACGUUAGACACUUUCCAUUUGAUGAUCAGACCUGUAUUCUAAAGUUCGGAUCCUGGUCCUACGACAUCUAUGACGUCAACCUCACAAAUGUCGGAGAUGGUGACGUCAACUCCUUCAUACUCAACGGUGAAUGGAUCCUACAGAGUAUGCCUGCAAAGAGACACGAAACCAAAUUCAGGUGCUGUCCGAAUUCAUAUGUCUACGUGCUUUACUACAUCCAUAUCCGUAGAAGAUCCUUGUAUUACCUUAUUAACUGCUUCACGCCGUGUUUAAUCAUGAUUGGUUUGACGUUACUUGGUUUUUAUUUGCCGUCUGAGUCUGGUGAGCGAAUGGGUGUUGGGAUAACUGUGUUAUUGUCCUUGAGUAUCGUCCAGCUGAUGUUAUCAGAUUCUUUGCCUCCGAACGAAGAAGUACCACUUAUAGUCAGGUAUUAUGGAUUGACAAUGUUCAAUGUGUUUCUGUCGUUGGUUUUCACGUGUAUUGUGCUAAAGAUUUAUCAUUCUGAUGGAGAGCCGCUCUCGGGUUGGCUCAGGACGGUAUUGUGUGAGUGGGGAGCUUGGCUCGUGAGGCAUCAAGAAGAAUGGAAACAACUGCAGGAGAAGAGACGACUAUUAGAACUAAACAACGAGAAAAUUAUUCACGAAGAAAACUUGAGCAACGCAGUAGAAUUAGCUUUACCUUCAAAAUACAGCGAAGUAACUUGGACCCCUAAUGGAGAUGCUAACAGUGCAAGUACAACAGCAGAAAAUAUCUCGCACAAAAUCCUUCCUGGAAAAGACAUUCCUCACUCGUCUAAAAGGUUUGAAAAGUUUCUUUUUAACCAGCAAAACAAUGGAAGAAUUGAGGAACUUUUGAAGGAUGAGUGGAGGUUUGCUUCCAAAGUCUUGAACAUUCUAUUCAAAUGGACAAUAGGUAUGUCUGUUGUAGUCCAUUCUGUGGUUGUGUUCGCGGACGCACCGUUGGAUAAUCUUUUUGAUUGGCUUCCACAAUAGCACAACCAAAUUCAGUAUAGGCCUUUGCCCUUGGCGUACGUAUUUUUUGCAUUUCAGACCACGUGUCAAUAUCUUUCUUCGUGUGAGUUGUGUCCAUUUUCAUGUGACUGUCUUAUCAUGUACAUCCGUUAAACAAAGAAAUGAUACUCUAGGGAAUGACCUGUGGUCUGAAAUGAGAAAAAAAUCCCACCCAGCUAAAGGAGUAUUUUGCAGGCCCUUAGGUCAUAUCUUAUUUUGAAGGCAUACACCGUAUAGUCAGUCCCCUAUAAUAGCGUUGUUGUACAAAUAGCUUUGGGUAUCAGAAUUAUAUCUCGCGAGAGGUGGAUAUAGAUUAAAUAUAACACAGAUGAGGAUGAAUAGCUCUGACAGCAGAGCAGAUUAUAUUGUUGCAUAGGAAUUCGCGUUAAACAGACUAUAACCAUGAUUAUAUCAGAUCAGGGUGGCUGAAAAAAAAGAAGAAAAAAAACAAGGGAUAAAAAUUAACCCAAAUAAUUCAGUUUAGAAAAUUGUGUGGUUUGUAAGAAUAUAUAAAGUUUACUGUCAUGAGCAGAAUAUAAAUCAAAAUUGAUAGAAAGUAGUGGCAAUUAACUGGUGCAGCAGUUUGCAAACUGUGAAACAUGUUUUAUGACAAAUGAAAGCAUAAUAGAAAAAAUAUAUAACUAACUUAC